AUGGCGUCAAAAAAGUUGAAGAUUGCGGACUAUGCUCCACUUAUUGAUGCUUUGAGCCGGAGGAUUAAUGCAUGGCCGAAACUCACCCUCUCUUAUGCAGGAAGAGCACAGUUGAUACAGUAUGUCCUGCAGGGAGUGGAAUGCUACUGGAUGUCGAUACUGCCAUUACCGAUAGGAGUUGUCGAGCGUAUCUAUAGCUUAUGUCGGAGCUUCCUUUGGACAUCCAAGCAUCCCCCCAUUGCCUGGCUGGAGAUGUGUAGGCCCAAAGAAGAAGGAGGGCUGGGAUUUAGAGAACUGAUUGCAUGGAACACUGCUUUGUUAUCUAGAGUCCUAUGGCGCUUACAUGAUCAACAGGAUGCUCUCUGGAUUCGAUGGGUCCACCACACAUAUUUACAGGACACUGAUAUCUGGCGAUGGAGGGCCAAGCACACAGAUUCUCCGCUGCUUAAGAGGUUAGCACAGAUACGAGACCAGAUGGUCGCAUCAGCUGGUUCCAUAGAGGCAGCGCAACAUCUCUUGCAUGGUUGGUUCAGCCAGCACACUUUGAGUCGGCGUGGUAUCAGCCAGGCAUAUGAUUUUUUCCGUGAUACUGGAGUCCAUGUGCCAUGGGCAGGGACAGUUUGGAAGAAGCACAUCCAGCCCAGCCAUCGAUUUACACUAUGGUUACUCGCGCACCGUAGGGCGGAGGAGACACAGGAGCACCUCUUUUUCGGAUGUCUACAAAUACGCCAGCUUUGGGACCGGAUUAGGGACUGGCUGCACAUGACUCAUGAGAUGACGACAUACCGGAGGAUGUUGCGGAUCUAUAUGCGGCACUAUCGUGGGACAGGAUUGUUGGUGCGCGCGCGACAUGCUGCUAUGGCUGCACUGAUACACUACGUCUGGCAAGCACGCAGUCACUUGAGGUUUGAGAGCGAGGUGUUUGAUGGGGAUCAUAUUUUCCGACGGAUCCAGACACAUGUCUACCGUUCUUUGGACAUCAGCCUCGACCGGAUAUUACACCAGCCACCUUGA